AUGAAACACCUUCCCCAAAAAAAAGCAACGAGAGGCAAGGCGUCCUCCUCCACCUACACCGGAGUGACCCCGCCGCAGCAGCAAGGCCAAGGUCAGACGCAGCAGUCAUUGGAUCAACGGCAAGGUGAAGAGCUCGGCUCGGGCGAUUUCAGCUCGCUCUCAUUACCAAGUUCACCCACGAACACGGCAACCGCAAGAAGACGGCCAGAGCAGCAACGGGGCACGACGCGGCGAAAGAUUGAGCUGCGAACGCCGAUGGACUUUUCCGAGACGGAAACGAUCAGCUCCGGGUUCUCGGACAAGAUCAGCAGCAAGACGACGCAGAUGGACGAGCGGCCGAGGAACUUUUUGUGCACGAUGGCGGACGGGAGGACUGCAAGUUCAGCAUCUACGAGGAUCAAGCCAAGAAGGCGGCGGAUAACAGGCAAUCAGUUGCCACUGUUAGACGGUCAGAAUCCGGUUGUGGGAGGGAGCGGGGGCAAGGCUGGAACUCCGAAGGUUCCUCCGGUAACGCCAGCUGGGGAGGAAACACCGAGCGAAUUUGGGAACGACACGCGGAGCGUCAUCUCGUCGGCGUCGGAGCGCAAGAAGAUCGAGAAGCAAAACAAGUACGUCGGCGGCGAGCAAACGGAGAACAAACCUCCGGUCGGCGUUGCGGCACUUCCCUGUUCCGUCCGUGGAGAACUCGAACGCCGUCCAGCAGACUUCGUCGGUCAGUUUCUCCAACCUGGUCAGCACCUCUUCACCCAACUGAACGGCCAGCGCCGAGUGGAACCUCCUCCUCCUCCUCCUCCUCCUCCUCCUCCUCCUCCUCCUCCUCCUCCUCCUCCUCCUCCGAAGAUUCACAAGCAACUCUCGCCGACAGCCACCCAAACGUCAGUCGAUCCCGGCCGGCCGGAGAUACGCUAA